CACCAGUGAAUUUUUUUUUUUUAAACAUACUCAAAAGACACCACAAGUAGAACAGCACUCAGGAAAUGAAGUCAGUGGUGACCUUCAUCCACUACCUCUUCCGGCACAGGGAGGUAAUGAAGAAGAAUUGUACCUAGAUCGUGACGUUGUGGAAGUUAAAUGUGAACAAGUCAUAGAAGAUAAUUCUCAGAUUGAGGUCCUAAAGAGUCAACUUGCUGAUUGCCAGGAAAAGCUUCAUAAACUAGAUUGGAUGGAAAAUAAGCUACAUCUUUUAGAAGAGAAACUGAAAGGAAAGGUGAUCAUAGAUGAGGAGGACUGGAAUAACUUGUUGAGUCGAGUUUUGCUUCUUGAAACAGAACUGUUGUUACAAUCCAAAAAGAAAGACUUGCCUGCAAAGUUCAGUAAUAUAAGUCAAGAAUGUACUUCUAGUAGGAUUCCAGUUUCUCCUGAUAUGGAGAGGAAGGAGGAGAUGCCAGUGAGUCUUCAUCAGUCGUCCACAUACAGUUCGCUAUUAUCCACAGAUCCAUCUCCCAAAGCCGUGACCAUUAAUUCUCAUGAUCUGACAGACAUUUCAAAGGAGACAACAAGACAAAGAAUGGAAAGGAUAAGUAAAAUAAUUGAAAAAACCUCAGAAUUGUUGAAAACAUCGAGCAACACCUCUGCGAAGACCUGAAAGCACGGGUCUUCAGACCUGGUCUCUGUAGACUUAUGGAUAUCAGAACUAAUAUGUAUGUUUGUACAGCAUUAAAUUUUUAAUAUCUCAAAUUUGUAAUGACCACCAAUACUUUUAUUCCUUUG